AUGGCGGCGGCCUUAGACGAUGAAUUAGAGUUGGAUAACCAAGACUAUUAUUCUCUUCUCAACGUCAGGAAAGAGGUAAGGCUUUAGUGUAUUUACAUAAUGUGCUCGUUUAAACUUUUUAUCCAACUGUAUGGAUAAUGUUAAACACCGAUUCGAUUGGGCAUCCCGUUUGGCGAGACAGCUGAUGACAUUCGCCCGGUAGGUCCAUCACUCCCAUCACAUCGACUCGAGGGAUGCUGCAAGACAGACAUAGCUGUCAGACGUAGCUACCUGUCAAUACUGUUUCUUAAGACGACAACAACAAAGGCAGAAGUCGAAUAAUAUUAUUAGUUAACUGUUUUGUUCGCUGAAUUGAUCAGCUGUGACACUCACUGUUUAGUAGCCCACAUUUCCAAUGCGAUUAACUGCAUUUAGCUAGACAGGAUAAACAGGGCCAACGGGCAUUGGCUCUCAUUUACUGAUUUGUCACUGCUGGUGUGGCAUGGUUCUUCGGAGGUGUAUAUGUCCCCUGGUGCACAGAUAAAUAAUGUUCUUUAUAGGCCUACGUGUCUUAUUAAGCAAGUUUCAAGUUUUAGUGUCACAUGCAGUGAAAUGCCUUUCUUGCAAACUCAAAACCCAACAAUGCAAUAAUCAAUAACAAUGUAUUACUAGAAAAAAACACAAGAAAUAAGAAUAGGAAAUAUGAAAUACACAAUAAAGUAAGUAAGUAAGCAUACUAUAUACAGGAAAUAUUUACAUGUGCAGGGAUACUGGAGUGAUGGAGGUAGAUAUGUAUAGGGGUAAGGGGACUAGGCAACAGGAUAUAAGAUAAACAGAGUAGCAGCAACUUGUAUGUGAGUGGGUGUGCAGGUGUGGAGAGUCAGUAUAAAUGUAUGUGCAUAUUAUGUGUGAGUGAACAAAUGAUAGAGUGAGUGUUUAUGUGUGUUUUGGAAUGACAGUGUGUGUAGGGACCUGUGAGUGUGCAUAGAGACAGUGCAAAGAUUGAAAUGAAAUGUCAAUAAAGAUACAAGGUCAACUCAGAUAGUCCGUGUAGCUCUUUUGUUAGCUAUUUAUCAGUCCUACUGCUUGGCAAUAAAAGCUGUUCAAGAGCCUGCUGGUGCCAGACUUGAUGCACCGGUACCUCUUGCCGUGCGGCAGCAGAGAAAAUAGUCUAUGGCUUGGGUGGUUGGAGUAUGCAUGCAUUAGGCUAUGUCUGCAGAAAUCUAUAUUGUAAUCUUUCUCUCUCUGCCCCCCCCCCCUCCCCCUUCUCCCCAGGCCACUCAGGAUGAGCUGAAGGCCUCCUAUAGGAGGUUAUGUAUGCUCUACCACCCAGACAGGCACAGAGACCCAGAGCUGAAGAGCCAGGCAGAACAGCUAUUUAACCAGGUGCACCAGGCCUAUGAGGGUAAGGAAUGCAUUCCCUGUCACUGAUUCUUCUUGACAAGCUGCUUGUCAUUUAAUUGGACUGUUAAAGUAUAAACCUCUAUCUCUCUCUUUCACUCCCUUGUCUCUGUCCAGUGCUGAGUGAUCCUCAGUCCAGGGCCAUCUAUGACAUCUUUGGGAAGAAAGGCCUGGAGGUGGAGGGAUGGGAGGUAUGUUCAGCAUAUGUGUGUGUCAGGGUUUUUGUUAGUAAUAUUUGGUAUUUUGGUAUUUUAUUAGGAUCCCCAAAAGCAGCAGCUACUCCUCCUGGGGUCCACACAAAACAUGAAACAUGACAUAAUACAGAACAUUAAUAGACAAGAACAGCUCAAGGACAGAACUACAUCCAAUUUUUUUAAAGGCACACGUAGCCUAGAUAUCAAUACAUACACACAAACAAUCUAGGUCAAAUAGGAGAGAGGUGUUGUGCCAUGAGGUGUUGCUUUAUCUGUUUUUUGGAACCAGGUUUGCUGUUCAUUUGAGCAAUAUGAGAUAAAACUGAGUUCCAUGCAAUAAUGGCUCUAUAUAAUACUGUACGCUUUCUUGAAUUUGUUUUGGAUUUGGGGACUGUGAAAAGACUCCUGGUGGCAUGUUUGGUGGGGUAAGUGUGUGUGUCAGAGGUGUGUGUUAGUCACAAUUUGGGAUUUUCAACACAUUAAUGUUUCUUAUAAAAAGAAGCCGGCUUUUGUCCACCCCCCCCCCCCAAUUUUUUUUUUUUUAUGUAAAUACCAGUCGAUGUAAAUACAUUUGACCGGUCAUGCUUAUCGGUCUAUAGGUUAAUUUACAUAAUUUAGUGGAAAUGAAUUGCGCGUGUGUAUUUUCAAUAGAGGUUAUGAUUCUUAUUUAUCACACGCACACAGUGUACAGAUACAGAGCCUAGUUUGAGCUGAACAUCUGUCAGACAGAGCAAGAGCUGCUGCUACAGGUCCUGUUGCUGCUGGAGUGAAAUGUGCUCUUAUAAGCCCAAUCAUUUUUCAACAAUUCUAAAUGCAAUCGCGUGUUAAACAGUUUUGAUGGACACGAUUAAAAAUAGCUUCAAUUUUUAUUUCUCAACUGGUAAUUCAAGUGCGCUUCCCAUUCACCUUUCAAGUGUUUAGGCAACGGCAGGCAGGCUUCAGCGUGUCACACACCACUUUGCAAUGUGAGCUGGAGGCAGUAUGUAUUUUGAAAACAUAUACUUAAUUGUAUGCCACAUUUUAUAAAGACUUCCAUAUGCCAUUUGAAACGAGUAGCCUAUUUCUCUCAUGUUUUAUUGGUUUUCAAACAAUUAGUGUUACAUUUUUCUUUCACAAUCCUAGUCAUAUUAGCAACCCAUGCUAGUUGUUGCAUCUUUAGAUCUCCAAUCUUUCUAAAUUUGGAUAUUUUCAUCUCUGUAACAUGAAACUGCUCGCAUGUGCAGUGCGCUAUUGACAACAGUGUUUUCCCGUUAAUUGCAUUAUGGAACGAACAUUCGCGAGAAGCCUACUGCCGUCUACGCACUGCUGCAAAACUAUAAUGUGAACAAAUAAUGGUUGAUCAACAUUUUAAACUAAACGUUCUAAUGCUUUUUAAAGUUAUUUUGAUGGACUGGUUGUAUGAAUUUGGGAUUUGUCGUCCCACAACUGUCCCAGAGUCUGUUUGGAAUAGGCUAUUUAAUUCUCGCACAGAACGACAAGCUGACCAAUAGAAUAGGUAACAUUUUCUACUAAGGGGGAUAGUAGAUUGACAUAGGCAAGUGAUUUUGCUGUUCCUUUCUUAUCUUGUUGGCUGAGGAAAAGUAAAUGUGGACAGUUGUUCUAACAUAUUCAAAGUGCGCAUCGGAAUUUGGUAAGAAGGACACACACCAUUGCAUCCUCGGAGUUGCAUGUUCUGUUUAGAUGAAUUGCCAUAAUCUAAAUGUGAUUUCUGUCAUUCUGAGCACCAUGGGUGGACACCAUAAUCGGGUUACGCACCCAAUGCAUAUGGGUCAAAAUGUCUGCCGGUCAAAUGUCCGGCGCCACAUUUUCCUAAUGGAAACCCUGUUGUGUGUGUGUGUGUGUGUGUGUGUGUGUGUGUGUGUGUGUGUACUUAAGUAGUAAUGACACAAUAGUAACUGAGAUGAUAACUGAGGAGCGUUUGUGUGCGUGUGUGCGUGUGUUCAUGUGUGUGGAGAUUGUGGAGAGGAAGAGGACCCCAUUAGAGAUCCGUGAGGAGUAUGAGCGGCUGCAGAGAGAGAGGGAGGAGAGGAGGCUACAGCAGAGGACCAACCCCAAGGUACACAUACAAAUACUUCUUCCCUGAGCCUCUUACAGAAAUAUCCACGGCAGGGUAAUAUCUACAGACUUUCUCUGUGUGAAGUGUACUAUCAGAACGAUGUGUUUGUGUUCUCAUGUCUCUCUGUGUGUUCAGGGUACCAUCAGUGUGGGAGUAGAUGCCACAGACCUGUUUGAUCGUUAUGAGGAGGACUUUGAGGAAAUGCCUGGAGGAGGAUUCCCUCACAUCGAGAUCAACAGGAUGCACAUCUCCCAGUCUAUAGAGGUAUACACACACACACGCACGCCCGUACGCGUGGUCCGAUUCCUUGUUGGUCACACACAUACACAGACACACACACACUAGCUAAAAAAUGUCCGUUGUGAUACAUUAACGUGUGUUAUGCUUAUGUGUUUCCCUUGUGUUUACCUGUGUAUGUGGGCGUGUGUGUAGGCUCCGUUGACUAACUCUGACACUGCAAUGCUGUCUGGCUCUCUCUCCACACACAACGGCAACGGAGGAGGCAACAUCAACAUGACUGUCCGCCGUGUCACAUCUGCCAAGGGCUGGGGAGAGGUAUACACACACACACACAUUUUAUCUCCCUUGUUUCUGAGAGAACACAGGAAGGAUAUUGACUGACAUGUGUCUGUGUUUCACUCUGUCUGCUUGUGAUUUUCUCUCUUGUGUGUGUAGUUGGAGUUUGGUGCAGGGGACAUACUGGGACCUCUAUUUGGGAUGAAGGUGUUCCGUAACCUGACUCCACGAUGGUGAGUGGCCAAUCGAGGGGAGAGGAUAUGGCCCUCUUUACACUACAACAAUUAUAAUGCUAGUCAUUUCCCUCUCUCUUUUUGUUAGUUUCCUGACGGCUCAGUGUGGUAUGCAGUUCUCUCCCCGUGGCGUGCGUCCCAGCUGUUCUUUAAUGACAGCACGUCACCUAGACCAGAACACUAUAGGUUACCUGCAAUGGCGAUGGGGACCGCACAGCGCUAUGACCACUAGUGUGGUUCGAGACACCAAGACCAGCCACUUCACCCUGGCCCUGCAGGUACACUGCACACACAUACACACAGAGACACACACAGGCAGAUACACACACACACACAUACAGUGAGGGAAAAAAGUAUUUGAUCCCCUGCUGAUUUUGUACGUUUGCCCACUGACAAAGAAAUGAUCAGUCUAUAAUUUUAAUGGUAGGUUUAUUUGAACAGUGAGAGACAGAAUAACAACAACAAAAUUCAGAAAAACGCAUGUAAAUUUUUUUUGAAAUUGAUUAGCAUUUUAAUGAGGGAAAUAAGUAUUUGACCCCCUCUCAAUCAGAAAGAUUUCUGGCUCCCGGGUGUCUUUUAUACAGGUAACGAGCUGAGAUUAGGAGCACACUCUUAAAGGGAGUGCUCCUAAUCUCAGCUUGUUACCUGUAUAAAAGACACCUGUCCACAGAAGCAAUCAAUCAAUCAGAUUCCAAACUCUCCACCAUGGCCAAGACCAAAGAGCUCUCCAAGGAUGUCAGGGACAAGAUUGUAGACCUACACAAGGCUGGAAUGGGCUACAAGACCAUCGCCAAGCAGCUUGGUGUGAUUAUUCGCAAAUGGAAGAAACACAAAAGAACUGUCAAUCUCCCUCGGCCUGGGGCUCCAUGCAAGAUCUCACCUCGUGGAGUUGCAAUGAUCAUGAGAACGGUGAGGAAUCAGCCCAGAACUACACGGGAGGAUCUUGUCAAUGAUCUCAAGGCAGCUGGGACCAUAGUCGCCAAGAAAACAAUUGGUAACACACUACGCCGUGAAGGACUGAAAUCCUGCAGCGCCCGCAAGGUCCCCCUGCUCAAGAAAGCACAUAUACAGGGCCGUCUGAAGUUUGCCAAUGAACAUCUGAAUGAUUCAGAGGAGAACUGGGUGAAAGUGGUGGUCAGAUGAGACCAAAAUGGAGCUCUUUGGCAUCAACUCAACUCACCGUGUUUGGAGGAGGAGGAAUGCUGCCUAUGACCCCAAGAACACCAUCCCCACCGUCAAACAUGGAGGUGGAAACAUUAUGCCUUGGGGGUGUUUUUCUGCUAAGGGGACAGGACAACUUCACCGCAUCAAAGGGACGAUGGACGGGGCCAUGUACCAUCAAAUCUUGGGUGAGAACCUCCUUCCCUCAGCCAGGGCAUUGAAAAUGGGUCGUGGAUGGGUAUUCCAGCAUGACAAUGACCCAAAACACACGGCCAAGGCAACAAAGAAGUGGCUCAAGAAGAAGCACAUUAAGGUCCUGGAGUGGCCUAGCCAGUCUCCAGACCUUAAUCCCAUAGAAAAUCUGUGGAGGGAGCUGAAGAUUCGAGUUGCCAAACGUCAGCCUCGAAACAGAGGAGUGGAACAAAAUCCCUCCUGAGAUGUGUGCAAACCUGGUGGCCAACUACAAGAAACGUCUGACCUCUGUGAUUGCCAACAUGGGUUUUUCCACCAAGUACUAAGUCAUGUUUUGCAGAGGGGUCAAAUACUUAUUUCCCUCAUUAAAAUGCAAAUCAAUUUAUAACGUUUUUGACAUGAGUUUUUCUGGAUUUAUUUGUUGUUAUUCUGUCUCUCACUGUUCAAAUAAACCUACCAUUAAAAUUAUAGACUGAUUAUGUCUUUGUUAGUGGGCAAACGUACAAAAUCAGCAGGAGAUCAAAUACUUUUUUCCCUCACUGUACAUACAGUGCAUUCGGAAAGUAUGCAGAUCCCUUCACUUUUUCCACAUUUUGUUACGUUACAGCCUUAUUUUAAAAUUGAUUAAAUACACAAUACAAUAAUGACAAAGCGAAAACAGGUUUUUAUAAUUUUUUGCAAAUGUAUAAAAAAAUAAAAUAAAACAAACUUAUUUACAUAAGUAUUCAGACCCUUUGCUAUGGGACUCGAAAUUGAGCUCAGGUGCAUCCUGUUUCCAUUGAUCAUCCUUGAGAUGUUUCUACAACUUGAUUGGAGUCCACCUGUGGUAAAUUCAAUUGAUUGGACAUGAUUUGGAAAGGCACACACCUGUCUAUAUAAGGUCCCACAGUUGACAGUGCAUGUCAGAGUAAAAACCAAGCCAUGAGCUCGAAGGAAUUGUCCGUGGAGCUCCGAGACAGGAUUUCGUCGAGGCACAGAUCUGGGGAAGGGUACAAAAAAAUUCUGCAGCAUUGAAGGUCCCAAGAACACAGUGGCCUCCACCACCAAGACUCUUCCUAGAGCUGGCCACCAAACUGAGCAAUCGGGGGAGAAGGGCCUUGGUUAGGGAGGUGACCAAGAACCCGAUGGUCACUCUGACAGAGCUCCAGAGUUCCUCUGUGGAGAUGGGAGAACCUUCCAGAAGGACAACCAUCUCUGCAGCACUCCACCAAUCAGGCCUUUAUGGUAGAGUGGCCAGACGGAAGCCACUCCUCAGUAAAAGGCACAUUACAGCCCGCUUGGAGUUUGCCAAAAGGCACCUAAAGGACUCUCAGACCAUUAGAAACAAGAUUCUCUGGUCUGAUGAAACCAAGAUUGAACUCUUUGGCCUGAAUGCCAAGCGUCACGUCUGGAGGAAACCAGGCACCUCUCAUCACCUGGCCAAUGCCAUCCCUACGGUGAAGCAUGGUGGUGGCAGCAUCAUGCUGUGUGGAUGUUUUUCAGCGUCAGGGACUUGGACACUAGUCAGGAUCGAGGGAAAGAUGAACGGAGCAAAGUACAGAGAGAUCCUUGAUGAAAACCUGCUCCAGGGCGCUAAGGACCUCAGACUGGGGCGAAGGUUCGCCUUCCAACAGGACAGCGACCCUAAGCAUACAGCCAAGACCACGCAGGAGUGGCUUCGGGACAAGUCUCUGAAUGUCCUUGAGUGGCCCAGCCAGAGCCCAGACUUGAGCCCGAUCAAACAUCUCUGGAGAAGGCCUCCCAAGUGGCGCAGUUGUCUAAGGCACUGCAUCGCUAUAGCUGUGCAGCAACGCUCCCCAUCCAACCUGACAGAGCUUGAGAGGAUCUGCAGAGAAGAAUGGGAGAAACUCCCCAAAUACAGGUGUGCCAAGCUUCAUACCCAAGAAGACUCAAGGCUGUAAUCGCUGCCAAAGGUGUUUCAACAAAGUACUGAAUAAAGGGUCUGAAUACUUAUGUAAAUGUAAUAUUUCCUUUGUUUUUAUAAAUACAUUUGCAAACAUUUCUAAAAACCUGUUUUUGCUUUGUCAUUAUGAGGUGUUGUGUGUACAUUGAUGAGAUGAAUUUUUUUUUAGGCUGUAACGUAACAGAAUCUGGAAAAAGUGAAGGUGUCUGAAUACUUUCCAAAUGCACUGUACAUACAUACAUACAUACAUACAUACAUACAUACAUACAUACAUACACACACACGACACAAGCAGACACACACACGCAGACACACACACACACACACACACACACACACCUGUGCAACUGUGAUUAUGUUGAGGUGGGUGUUAGAGCUAGUAGGAUGACCAACCAUGUUCUUCUGUGCCCUCACUCCUCACCUUGUUUCCUCUCCCCCUCUAGCUGGGUGUCCCUCACUCCUCACCUUGUUUCCUCUCCCCCUCUAGCUGGGUGUCCCUCACUCCUCACCUUGUUUUCCUCUCCCCCUCUAGCUGGGUGUCCCUCACUCCUCACCUUGUUUCCUCUCCCCCUCUAGCUGGGUGUCCCUCACUCCUCACCUUGUUUCCUCUCCCCCUCUAGCUGGGUGUCCCUCACUCCUCACCUUGUUUCCUCUCCCCCUCUAGCUGGGGUGUCCCUCACUCCUCACCUUGUUUCCUCUCCCCCUCUAGCUGGGUGUCCCUCACUCUCACCUUGUUUCCUCUCCCCUCUAGCUGGGUGUCCCUCACUCCUCACCUUGUUUCCUCUCCCCCUCUAGCUGGGUGUCCCUCACUCCUCACCUUGUUUCCUCUCCCCCUCUAGCUGGGUGUCCCUCACUCCUCACCUUGUUUCCUCUCCCCCUCUAGCUGGGUGUCCCUCCACUCCUCACCUUGUUUCCUCUCCCCCUCUAGCUGGGUGUCCCUCACUCCUCACCUUGUUUCCUCUCCCCCUCUAGCUGGGUGUCCCUCACUCCUCACCUUGUUCCCUCUCCCCCCUCUAGCUGGGUGUCCCUCACUCCUCACCUUGUUUCCUCUCCCCCUCUAGCUGGGUGUCCCUCACUCCUCACCUUGUUUCCUCUCCCCCUCUAGCUGGGUUGUGCCUCACUCCUCACCUUGUUUCCUCUCCCCCUCUAGCUGGUGUCCCUCACUCCUCACCUUGUUUCCUCUCCCCCUCUAGCUGGGUGUCCCUCACUCCUCACCUUGUUUCCUCUCCCCCUCUAGCUGGGUGUCCUCACUCCUCACCUUGUUUCCUCCCUCCCCCUCUAGCUGGGUUGUCCCUCACUCCUCACCUGUUUCCUCUCCUCCCCCCUCUAGCGGGUGUCCCUCACUCCUCACCUUGUUCCUCUCCCCCUCUAGCUGGGUGUCCCUCACUCCUCACCUUGUUUCCUCUCCCCCUCUAGCUGGGUGUCCCUCACUCCUCACCUUGUUUCCUCUCCCCCUCUAGCUGGGUGUCCCUCACUCCUCACCUUGUUUCUCCUCUCCCCCUCUAGCUGGGUGUCCCUCACUCCUCACCUUGUUUCCUCUCCCCCUCUAGCUGGGUGUCCCUCACUCCUCACCUUGCUUCCUCUCCCCCUCUAGCUGGGUGUCCCUCACUCCUCACCUUGUUUCCUCUCCCCCUCUAGCUGGGUGUCCCUCACUCCUCACCUUGUUUCCUCUCCCCCUCUAGCUGGGUUCCCUCAUGUCCCUCACUCCUCAACCUUGUUUCCUCUCCCCCUCUAGCCUGGGUGUCCCUCACUCCUCACUUGUUUCCUCUCCCCCUCUAGCCGGGUGUCCCUCACUCCUCACCUUGUUUCCUCUCCCCCCUCUAGCCGGGUGUCCCUCACUCCUCACCUUGUUUCCUCUCCCCCUCUAGCCGGGUGUCCCUCACUCCUCACCUGUUUCCUUCUCCCCCUCUAGCUGGGUGUCCCUCACUCCUCACCUUGUUUCCUCUCCCCCUCUAGCUGGGUGUCCCUCACUCCUCAACCUUGUUUCCUCUCCCCCUCUAGCUGGGUGUCCCUCACUCCUCACCUUGUUUCCUCUCCCCACUCUAGCUGGGUGUCCCUCACUCCUCACCUUGUUUCCUCUCCCCCCUCUAGCUGGGUGUCCCUCACUCCUCACCUUGUUUCCUCUCCCCCUCUAGCUGGGUGUCCCUCACUCCUCACCUUGCUUCCUCUCCCCCUCUAGCUGGGUGUCCCUCACUCCUCACCUUGUUUCCUCUCCCCCUCUAGCUGGGUGUCCCUCACUCCUCACCUUGUUUCCUCUCCCCCUCUAGCUGGGUGUCCCUCACUCCUCACCUUGUUUCCUCUCCCCCUCUAGCCGGGUGUCCCUCACUCCUCACCUUGUUUCCUCUCCCCCUCUAGCCGGGUGUCCCUCACUCCUCACCUUGUUACCUCUCCCCCUCUAGCCGGGUGUCCCUCACUCCUCACCUUGUUUCCUCUCCCCCUCUAGCCGGGUGUCCCUCACUCCUCACCUUGCUUCCUCUCCCCCUCUAGCUGGGUGUCCCUCACUCCUCACCUUGUUUCCUCUCCCCCUCUAGCUGGGUGUCCCUCACUCCUCACCUUGUUUCCUCUCCCCCUCUAGCUGGGUGUCCCUCACUCCUCACCUUGUUUCCUCUCCCCCUCUAGCUGGGUGUCCCUCACUCCUCACCUUGUUUCCUCUCCCCCUCUAGCUGGGUGUCCCUCAUUCCUCACCUUGUUUCCUCUCCCCCUCUAGCUGGGUGUCCCUCACUCCUCACCUUGUUUCCUCUCUCCCUCUAGCUGGGUGUCCCUCACUCCUCACCUUGUUUCCUCUCCCCCUCUAGCUGGGUGUCCCUCACUCCUCACCUUGUUUCCUCUCCCCCUCUAGCUGGGUGUCCCUCACUCCUCACCUUGUUUCCUCUCCCCCUCUAGCUGGGUGUCCCUCAUUCCUAUCUGAUGAUGAGUUACCAGUACAAGUUCCAGGAUGAGGACCAGACCAAGGUCAAGGGAUCGAUCAAGUACGUACACACACCCUAUUAUACUACUCAGUUUAUACACUGCUCCCAAUCCCCCUUUCGAGAAGGAACCCGCAAGUAAGAAUUUCACUGGAUUAUGUAUACCAUGCAUAUCCCGUACUAAUACAACUUGAAACUUGAAACUACAUGUGAAUACCUAAGGUGGGAGUCUGGCCCUUAUUGGUGUUGUGGUGUGUGUUUUUUUCUGUGUGUCAGGACUGGUUGGUUUGGUACAGUGUUGGAGUAUGGAGCAGAGAGGAAGAUCAGUCGGCACAGUGUCCUGGCUGCUACUGUCAGUGUCGGAGUGCCACAAGGAGUCACCCUCAAAAUCAGGUACUACAACACAAGUACAGUCUAUGUGUAAUACAGUGUGUAUGUGCAACGUGUAAUACAGUUUAGUACAGUGUAUAAUACAGUGUGUGUGUGUGUGCAUGAGUGGCAUGUCUGUCUGUGUCUUGGCUACCAUAUUUAGCUUUGGAAGUUCAGGUUUGCCCCAAAAUCAGGUGAUAGUAUUAUUACUUUUCAUAGUACAGUAUGUACUGUAACUUGUUUCCUUUUCUCCCUAGGUUGGCUCGUGCCAAUCAGACCUAUCUGUUCCCAGUCCACCUGACAGACCAGCUGCUGCCCAGUGCAGUGUUCUACGCCACCGUGGGGCCUCUACUAGUCUACAUGGCCAUACACAGACUGGUCGUUAUACCAUACACACGCUCCCAGAAACAACAGUGAGCUUCUCUCCUUCCCUCACUCACUCACUCACACACACACACCCUCUGCAGAUUUACUUGGCAGACUAGUUAUUAGACCCAGGAAUAACUCACAUCUUGUUCUGUCUGUCUGUUCCUGUCUUUCUCUGUCUGUCCCUGUCUGUCCCUCUCUUUCUAUGUUUGUCUCUGUCUCUGUCCCUGUCUGUCCCUGUUUGUCCCUAUCUGUCUGUCUGUCUCUGUCUGUUCCUGUCUGUCCCUGUCUGUUUCUGUCUUUUCAUGUCUUUCACUGUCUGUCUGUCCCUGUCUGUCUCUGUCUGUCCCACAGAGAUCUGGAGCUACAGAGGAAGAGCUCAGAAGUAGACAUGGUCAAGAAGAAACAAGAGGCAGAGUCAGCUGUGAGGAACACCCCUACAUACUACACAUACAGACACACAGCAUGUUUACUGUAUGCUCAUUGAUUAUCAUUGAGAUCAUUGUAUGUUCAACCCCUUCCCCCCUGUCUUUCUCCCUGACUCAGGUUCUGCUGAUGCAGGAGUCUGUGAGGAGAAUCAUCGAGGGAGAGGAAUCUAAGAUGGGUGAGUAAGCACACUCACACGUAUGCACGCCCACACACGCUCUUGACCAAUGUCUUGACUCUUAGGAAACACUGUUUUUCAGUGAGUUGCCUUUUCAAUCAUUCUGACUCAGCUGUGUGUGUGUGUGUGUCCAUCUUCCUGUUCCAGGUCUGAUCAUCCUGAAUGCGUGGUAUGGAAAGUUUGUGACAGACAACUGCGCGCGCCAAGAGAGAGCUCAGGUUAUAGAUGUUACUGUCCCUCUGCAGUGCCUGGUCAAGGACUCCAAACUCAUACUCACUGAGGCAUCAAAGGUAAGGAUGUGUGUGUGUGUGUGUGGGGGGUGGAAUUUUUCUAUGACCUGUGUCUGUGUGUGUAACCAGCCCCCCCCCCCCCCCUUCCUCUGUCUGUCUGUGUGUGUGUAGGCGGGGUUGCCAGGUUUCUAUGACCCAUGUUUAGGAGAGGAUAAGAGUCUGAAGCUGCUGUAUCAGUUCAGGGGGGUGAUGCACCAAGUCCUCUCAGCAGACACUGAGGCUCUACGGAUACCCAAGCAGUGUAAGUAUACAACCACAACACAACCACUAUAUAACCACAGUAUAACCAUAAUGCUACUGUAACCACAACCAUAUCAUAACCUGUUUACAACAAAAAACUUUCAACUCCAUUACAUUACACUAAGCUAAAUAUUCCCUGUAUUUCUCAGCUCACAGAAUCGAUGCUGAGGCGUAGGAACCCUCUGUUACGGGAGCAACGAGGGGCAAGUGGAGACAUAGACAGACAGACAGACAGACAUUGACAGACAUUGACAGAAGGACUGACAAGCGGAGGUCGAGAGACAAACAAAGUUAAUAGAAAUUCUCUUUCUCUUUCCCCAUCACAUUUAUGAAUUCAGACAUGAGUUCCUCCUCUCAUCUUCUCCAUCCCAGUGGUGGAGGAUGUGGGCAGUCCUCUCCUCUCUCGAAACCCACUAGAUACCUCUCUUUUAGCCAUUGUUGUUUCCACUCUGUGUGUGUGUGUGUGGUUGCGUGUGUGCGUGUGUGUGGAAAAUGUACUGAUAUCUCCCUUUCUCCCCUCAUCUCCCCAGAAAGGUGCAAUAUGACUCCUGGUGUACAUAUCAGUGAAGUCUGCUACAGUUAAUAUUGUACAACUAAUAUUAUACCACUGUACUAUACUAGUUGUACUAAUGUUUUACACCACUAACUCAUGCUAACGUUAAGGUUACAACAGAACUAUGCAUGAAAACGUGUUCAUCAGUACCACUAUACUGUGCCAGUCAUUCUAAUAACACAUAAGGGCACACCCAUAAGGGUUUCAAAUAAUUAUGAGAAUAUUAACACUAGUCUAUUUUUAAGGCACCCCAAUAGCCAAUGUGUGAUUGGAUCCCUGGUAGGCUUGGUUGAGUUGGUAUGAUUGAGAUGGAUGCUGGGGAAGCACUGCCUGAGCAACAGUGACGAGUAGAGAGAAAGUCCAAUGAUGUCAUUCAUAUAUACAUCAUGGUGUAUAUAUAUUAUUUAUAUAAUGUUUAUGAGAAAGCCUCUGUGAGAGUAAGUUUGCUACUAAAGCAUCUAUGCACGUACAUCUAUCUAUCAGUCACUGUCAAUGGAAACAACAGGCAAGUGGGAUGUGGUGGGACUAUUGUACUUUUAUGUAUACAUUUAUUUGUUUAGACCUGGUCAUAUCAGAUCAUCAAAAUGAUGAUGGUGAUGAAGAGUAUUAUAAUGUAUUAGUCAAUCCAUCCUUUAUGUGCCAUACCUUCAGUUUCCAUGGUAAUAUUGUUUGUCCCUGUUGUCUUGUUUAUAUGUUUUUAUAGCCGUGUGUAAUAUCCUGUAAUACUAUAGACCAAACAGAUACACACUGUUCUACUUGACACAUUGACUAAUUAUUGACUGACAGUGUUGGUCCUUUCUGUCUCUGUCUGUGAAGGCAAUAUACUGUAUAGGCUAUUGAUGAGUGACAUAGUUGAACUCAAAUCAGUAAAUGUACUGUAUGUAUUUUUGUCAAUGUAUAGGCAAAGGUUAAAAUUGUUUUUUUCAGUGGUGGAAACUGAAGAAUGAUAUACUUUUCAACACAGUUCUGGUCCAUUCCCACUGUAUGCUGUCCCCUAUCCUACGGUGCUGAAACCCCCAAUGGAACCGCAUUUACAGGUCUGUGUAGUCAGAACACGGGAUCUAUUCUAUGUCAUGUAUUUGAGCAGAAAGUCACUCAUCCUCUCCGGUGUUUUGCCCUAGAGCUGAGUCAGUUUGGUGGAUCAGGUUAUCGGGUUGUUAGCAACUGUACUUGUCGGUCUCUUCUUACCAGUUAAGAUUUUGUAGACCGUAUUUGUGAAUGAGGUUGACUGACUCAAACACCCAACACACUUUACAGAAUGAGGCAAGAACAAGCAAACAUUCACCCCAUUUGAGACACAACACUUUUCUUCCUCCAUUAAGGAUGUUUGCUCAUAAUGUCCCCUUCGCAUGCUGUUAGCCUCCAUGUUAAAGUCAGCCCUGCCACUAGUCACCCACUCAUCACUGUUCUUUCAGCCACCACCCUAAGGUCCACUGUUACAUUCCUGCCCUUGCCAUGACCCAAACUGUCUAAAAUUGAUGUGUUUGGAGCUAGUGGACUAUGUAGUCAUGUAAAGAUAUAACAAAUAAAAAGAUGAGCCACGGA